GUUAAUCGGCCUGUUUCGGUACCUGUAAGGAGGUCGCUUAUUUCAUCCCGAUUUAUUUUGUUUAUUUAUAGUGCGAGACACCGAUUUGUUCCCCAAAAGAUGUCUCUUCGGCAUCCUUCCGCUUCUUAUAUUUAUUUAUUCUAUUUAUACCCCGCCUAUUUGGUUAUUGCGACCACUCUAGGCGGCUUACAACAUAAACAAAAAUAACAAAUAUAAGAGAAAAAAAUUAUUACACAAUUAAAUAAUUGUGCAAGAUGGGAAACAUUCUUCUAAUACCUGGUAUCCAAAUUGCCCCAAUCCUUUUGGUUUUCCUGCUCUCACAAGGAGACUGUUGUCAUGUUUCCCCCCCUCCUUUUCGUGUUAAAAUAAUGAAUUCUUUCUUCCCACUUCUCUGAUCCUUGUGGCCAUUUAGGAUAGGUUAAAAUUAAUGUCACCGAAGUGUUAAAAACGGGGGAAAAGAAGGAUUCAAGGGUAUGUAAUUUUCUGGACCAAAACAAUUUCCUCCCAAAUAUUUAAAUUCCAUGCCUUCCAUUUCUGGUGGUGCUGAUGUGACACAAUCUUCACAAGCACUCUAAAACAGCAAAAUCAGGAGUUAAAGUAGAUACCUCUGUAACUGAUUUUUUAGUUUAAAAAUCAGUUACAUGAUUAAAGCAAGGUUCGAAUAAUAUUCUUAAAUCAAGUCACAGUUUUUUUAACCAUUCAGAAUAUAAUAUUGAGAAUUUAUUUUCAAACUGUUUCCCUGUUGUCAUUGUUGCACUUGCACUAAAAAUGUAGAAGGUCCAUAUGGGAGGGUUAGUUUAUAUGCUAGUGUAAUUGAUUUAGAAUCUGGUGUUAAAAUUUUAGGGAAAACAUUUGUCACUCCCUUAGUCAGCUGCAUGCAGAUUACUAUUUUAGAGAAGACAAGGGUGUGUGUUUUUUGGUGGAUGGAGAUGCAAAGCAUGUCUGGUAACCAAAGAAACUAGGCACUAUUUCUGAUGGUAAAUUGUACACUGCAGAUUAUUUGCUUUGGAAAAUACAUAUUUUUCAUCCAAGAAUUUUUUUAAGUGGAAGAUUUUUUUAGUAGUAUCAAUGAACUACAAUAGUCUGUAUUUUAAAAAAUCCCAAAAUUUGUAUAUGACAUGCAUAAUUUAAUGAUUAAUUUGGUUUAUAUUCUCCCCAAUAAAAAGCACUAAAAAAAGUACAGUACUGUCCAUUAAAAUUCCCUUUCUUGGCAGCUAGUGAGUUAACAAUGAAACCACCUAUAGUAUAAACAUUAAAACUAGUGCUUAACUGAUUAUCCUGGUGUGGGGAGAUGCAGCUUUUGGCCUUAUGCACAUAGCACAAAAAACAACAGGAAACAGCAAUUUGCUAAAAUUUAUGGGGGGAAAGUGUUAAGAGAUUAGAGCAGUUAUAUAGUUUACUAACAACUUGUGUUGCUGUAUGGUUGUCUUCUGCAGUAAUACUGAUUGAUAUGCAUGUUCAUAUCCAUAAGAAUGCAGCUUUUAAGGACAGACUACAUUGUGUCUGCAGCAAAUACACUUGUCAAAGUGUGGAAUGUGAAGGAAAGCCAUGCCAUGAAAGGCUAGUUCUGUCUAAAAUAUUUAUAAAGAACCAGAACUUUAAAAUUAAUCUGCUUUUGCACAGAUUUUGUCUGUUCCUCUAUCAAGGCAGAAAGACAGCUCCAGUAGAGAGAAAUGUAGAACAGUUUUGUCAGAUAAAAACUCCCAUUGUCUUAAUUUAUUUCCAAUUAGACCACUGGUUGCUGUGUUUUUUACAACAGCCAGAACAGCUUAAGUAUUAAAUAUUAAUUAGGGAAAAUAUAUGGGACUUUUCUAAACUGAUUUCCACUAUGCUUACUGAGUUGAAACAUAUUCUAAAUAGUGGCAUUCCCUAAAGGUAGAUCAAGAACUUGCUUUGGUCCCCUUACUUGGGCAAUACACUGUAGUCAACUAUUUUUUUUGCCUGAGCUGCGGUCAGUGAAACACAUGAUGGCGUUGAAAAGAGUAGUAGUGAAUACGUAUUUCUUUUGGUAAAUGUACCACUUAUAGUUGUCAGUGAAAAAUGUAAAUAUUCUACCUCAGUCUCAACAGCUUUAUCACCAGCUCUGCAUGUGAAAAGAGGGUGUAUAAACACCAUAGUUUUUGUAUGAUAAUUGGAAAAAUGUUGCAGCUGAUACAACCUGAGCUUCUCAUCAGAUUUUGUGAAAGGCUUGCAACAUUGGGGGUCCCCCCCAAGUACUUUGCAUUUGAGAAUUUAAUGCUAAUUGUAUUGGGACAUCAUAGAGGCAUAGAAUAGUAGAGCUGGGAGGGACCCCAAGGAUAAUUGAGUCAAACCUGCCAAAGCAAGCAAUCCAUAGCUAAAACAUUCACUGACAGGUAGGCAUCUAACCUCUUUUUAAAAAAUAUCAUGCCCAUGGAUGCAAGAUUAGACUGUCAUGAUGUGGCAUGAGAUUCAGAAGAACACUAAAUCCCGUGUCCUCAGGACAGAUUAAAGUUUACACAAAAUGCUUUUGUCUACUGUAUUCCAUCUUUAGCACUAACUGAUGUAUAGCAUAUUCUUGAGGAAACAUACAGUAUUAUCUGAACCAAACAGCCUGUGCUUACUAUAAUAAAAGAGUGUGUCACAUUUUGAGCAUGGAGAUAAGAAUGUAACAGUUCUGACCACUCACUUCACUCACUUAAAUGAUGACACUAAUUUUUUCUCAGAAAUUAGUUGACUUUUUUCAGAGUGCUUGGACCAUUUGAAAAUAAAACAUUCCAACUUUUCUAGUGUCAUCAGUACAAUCUUGAGAAACUAAUUGGCUUUCAAAUACUUUUCCAUCAACUGAGUACACCAGGUUACUGUUUUGAUAGGAAAAAUGGAAAUCUUAUUUUUCUAAUUAGUUCCUAGCUUGAGUAUUAAAUAAAAUAAACUGAUUUAUUUGCAGAUUUGUCAAUUCCAUGGAUAUUGAAAUUUAAUAAACUCCUUUAUAAUAACUAUGUCAAAUGGGGUGUGCAGUUGAAUGAACCAAAUCUGUAUGUGUUAGAUAGCAGCAGAUACCAAAAAAGUGUUUUAUGUACAAAAAGGGAAACCUAUGGGGGAAAAUGUAUAAAAAGGGAAAGCUACAGGAAAAAAUACCUUAAAUUCAAUUGCUUGUGUGUAUGUGAAACUUUCUUUGCAAAAGAGAGACAAUAACGUUAAAAUGGCUUAUUAAUAAAUCCCUCAAAAAUUGCUUUAUAAUUAAGAUGGUAUUAAAUUUUGAUAGAUAAUCUUCAUGUGAAUUUGACAGAAUAUUUCUCCUUAGUACAGAUCUCCCCUUUUUGAAUCCUAAAUUUUGAAAAGAUGAGAGAAGGGGAAGAAAUGAAUUGUAGAUGGCAAGUUUCUUGAAAGUUUUAAAAUCCUUGUACUGUAUGAAAUUCAAAAUGGAAUUACUACAUUAAAAAGCAAACAUGUUGUCUCUUUGUCAGAGCAGAUAAGUAUCGUGCCAAAGAUUAUGUGGAAAAUAUGUUCACAUUUAUUUAUUCAUUUAUUUAUUUCCCACCCAUCUGGUCUGGUGAAGUUCCAACAAUUUGUUCUUCAGUAUAUAUUUAGAGUGACAUUUGAUAAACAAUCAAUAGUCAUGCAAUUGUUAUUCUUUUUAUGUUGGUCAUUGUGUGGAUGAAGAGACAUCAGUUUUUCUUAUUAGCUGUGCAGCAUUCUUUCAGUCUUAUGAUUGAAAAUUUAACUAAUGAUGCAUUUUUGCAGGGAUAUUUGGAGUGAUGAAGCAAAAUCAAGCAUUGAAGAAAAGAAUUUCUUGAUUCUUUUCAAGAUUCUUUUUCAAAGAAUCUUGAAAUCAAAAAACAAUAAGAAAAUUUAUUUGAUUUUAUGCAGCCAAACCUCCUGGUUUUUCAGGCAGGGUAUCAUGCAUUUACAUUCUGUAUAAAAUUAAUCACAACCCAAUUUAUUUAAAAAUAAUUCUUAUAAGGCAACGUAUAAGCCUUGUACAUCUUUUUAUGAGUAUAUGUAAUGUACAUAUACCCAUUCAUGUUCCUAAUUGUGAAGUAUACUAUCAGCCUGAAGCUUUAUGCAUAUGAAAAUUUAACUACUCUAUUUUGAGUUCUCCAAAUUUGAGUUUCCAUUGCAAUCUAACCUUUUAUUACUGUGCCUGUGUAUACAUUGGUGCAUGUAUAAACACAUAUCUAUGAAAAUAUACAUAUGUGGGUAUACAUAUUUAAGAUUAUGCAUACAUGUAUUCUUUUGCUUUACAUUUAAUCAAGAUCGGGGAAGAUUGUUCCUUUUUUCCAAAUAGGUGAAGAGAUUUUGAAGACCGAGAUUGAAACAGUGUUUUAAAUUUAAAACAAAAAUAAAACUAAAUUGACUGGCUGCGGAAGAUGGAUCAUUUUCUUUGCAGCCAUUUUGAAACACAAGUUCAUCUUUAAAUGAACUGAUUUGUUUUCAAGAGGCAAUUAACCUUCACUAUCUCCAGUCUUCCUGACCACUCAAAUGGACUUGCUUUCUCCAGUAGUUAUUAUUCACUCUCUGUCUGAAUUUUGAAUGAGGAUGAAAUUUGUUUCCUUGGCAAAGUGAGGAAGAAAAGUCUUUCUACCCCAUUGUUAUCAAUUCAUGGAUUGAGUGUUGAUUCGACCUACAGGAAAAAAAAACAGAAGUCUUGGAAGAUAGAAUUCCUUGCUGAACUUAACAAGAUUGUAUUUAAAAGAAAAUACCAGUAUAUCCAGCCUGUAGAAGAUUGUGCCAUAUUAAACCAGCCUGUGGCCAGCUAUCACUGAGAGAUUAGUGAAAUUGUAUUUCGCCAUCAGUUGCUCAGCUUUAAGCUUGCUGUGUUGAUACAGACCAAGAUGUCUAACCAAGGAGAUGAUUGUUACUUUUAUUUCUACUCCACGUGUACCAAGGGGGAUAGUUGCCCCUUCCGUCACUGUGAAGCUGCCCUGGGAAAUGAAACUGUCUGUGUGCUCUGGCAGGAAGGGCGAUGUUUCAGGAGUGUUUGUCGGUUCAGACACAUGGAGAUUGAUAAAAAACGUAGCGAGAUUCCAUGUUACUGGGAGAACCAGCCAGUGGGCUGUCAGAAGUUGAACUGUGCAUUCCACCACAAUAAGGGACGUUUUGUGGAUGGACUUUUUUUACCUCCCAGCAAGACUGUUAUUCCAAAUGUGACUGAAUCUGUGGAAGAGGAGAUGAAGAGUGCACAGAUCACACUGCCACAGAAUAAACUUUCUGUUCAGUCCAAUCCAUCUCCUCAGCUGCGUGGGGUAAUGAAGGUGGAAAGUUCUGAAAAUGUACCAAGCCCUACUCAUCCACCAGUUGUUAUUAAUGCUGCAGACGAUGAUGAGGAUGAUGAUGACCAAUUAUCUGAAGAAGGAGAAGAAUCUAAAAUGCCUGUUCAGCAAUCCUCUGAAGAGGUUCCUAAUGGAUUGCGGGUAGUUUCUACUCGGAAGUCAGUGACGAGCACAAAACAAGGUAAAGAUGGUAGUUUGAAUUUUGGGAUAAAAACACUUGAAGAAAUCAAGUCAAAGAAAAUGAAGGAAAAAUCAAAACAACAAAGUGAGUGUCCUGAAGUCACUGAUCAAACCCAGACCCAUCCAGGCCCAGUGAAAGAAAAUGCACGAACAGUGGUCAGAACUGUAACUUUGUCGUCAAAGCAAGGUGAGGGACCACGGAUUCGACUGACCCUUGCAGAGAGACUAGGAAAACGAAAGCCUCCCACAGUUGCUGAGAGUGGUCUUCCCUUAAAGCGUAGCCUUGCUGAAAGACUGGGAAGGAAAAUAAAUUUGCCAGAAAAUGCAGAAAACACACCGAAGAGAGUGCAAGUUCCUAAAUCUCUUAAAGAAAGACUAGGAUUAUCGUCUGAACAGAAGAAUGUGGAAACAGAGAAUGCUGCCAAACCAGUGGGUGAAAUCCGUGUGAAAACACUUGAAGAAAUCCGUUUGGAGAAAGCUAGCCAAAGAAAAGGAGGAGAAAUUCAGCCAGGGCCAAAGGCUGCAGUAGCAUGUACAGCAGAUGGCCCCAAUCCAGUGGCAAAACCAUCUCUUCCAAUCAGGAUUAAAACCUUUUCUGAAGUCCUGGCUGAGAAAAAACAGAGGCAAAUGGAAGAGGAGCGGAUAAAAGCUGAAAAAGAGAUUCCCGUGAAACCAAAACAUGAGGAUGAACUGCAGAAGCAGGACUCUUUGGUUCCAACUCUUGGUACCCAAAGAAAAUUAGAGGAGCCUUUGGGAAAAGCCAAGGACUUUGGGGAGGUGCGCAUCAAAACCUUGGAGGAAAUCAAGCAGGAGAAAGCUCUUCGAAUGCAGCAGAGUGUGGACAACAGCUCAAAGACGCAACAGCAACCUGAGCAUGCUUCACUUGGGAGGAAAUUGCUUUGCAUUACAAAGCCAACAGCUCCUGGUGGAAAGGAAGAGAAAAUUGUAUCAGAGGUAAAGUCCCCUCCACAAGCUGCUGCAACAGGUGCUGCUGCAAAGAUUUGUAUCCAGCCUUUGAAUGACAAUCCAAGCAGUUCACAUUCAAAAGUCUAUGUGAAGAGUCUAGAAGAAAUAAGAAAGGAGAAGCAAUCAUUAAAACAAAAACAGAGGAAACCUCAAGAUAAACAAAUGACUGUGCCAUUUGCUGGGGUCGAAGUGGCAGAAUCAGUGGUUCCAGUGACUGCAAAUCCUGAGCCUCCACUAACAUUUGGGAAAACUCACCCAGUUACAAAGAGGCUGCUGGUGAGAUCCGAGGAAACAGUGCUAGAGACUGUGGGAUCAGAGGAGUUGAAAGUUUCAUCCCAGCCUGUGGAACGAAAGGUUAAAGCCAAACCUAAAGUGAAUGUGAAACCAUCUGGAGUGAAACCUGGAUUUCCAGCAAAGCAGGCACUGAAGAGGAAAGCACCAGAGAGUCAUCCUUCUGUCGUUGCAGCAGUGAAACCACUGAGCCCCAUCCAAAGCACCAGUAUGAAAGAGUUGCCAUCCGAAAACCCUGCUGUGGCAAAUGCUCCCAGGUUUCCAGAGAACACUGUUGCCACUGUUUCUGAAAGUGUCUGUUCUAAUAGCUCUGGGCUCCAUCUGCAUGACCAGGCGGCCUCCACCUUACAGGCAGAGAUAGCACACCCAAUUCCUUCUCCUUCGCCAGCAAAGAUACGCAGACUAAGCUCUACAGGAUCUGUGAAGACAUCCUUAGUUGAAGAUGACUUUGAAAAACUGAUUUGGGAAAUCUCUGGAGGCAAAUUAGAAGCUGAGAUUGAUCUAGACCCAGGCAAAGAUGAAGAUGAACUCUUGCUUGAACUUUCUGAAAUGAUUGACAGUUGAUUUUUUAAAUAUUAUUAUUAUUAGAAGAAGAAAACAUAAGCUGUAUAUUUUGUUCGAUAACCAAGAAUACCCCCUUUUUGCUGAGGAGUUAUGACAAGUCUUAAAGCACACUUGAACUGGUUGAAGAAGUUGGUUGUCUUAGAUUGUCCUGAAUUGCCCUGCUGGUCAGAGAAAUGCCCUCAUAUAACUCUCCUGUUACUAUCUUAUCCGCCUCAGAUAUGUUGAGAAUGAAACCAUAAAUAUUUCUGCUCUGUAAGAUGUGAGACCAUUCGUAAUCCUACAUGUACUUACUUCAGCAAUGAUUUUUAUGGCGAUUUUUUACUGAACUGUCCUCUUGGUUUUUGGCCGUGUGAUUGGCUGACCAUCUGUUAGCGUCCUACUGCACUGUGAUUGUUUGAGGGUCAUUUUUAUGUUCUUGAGGUACAUCUCUGUAAGUUACGCAGUAAUUUUUAAACUCUAGAUCAGCAGUACUAUUCAGAAUUUAGGAGAGGGAAGUAAAUAUUUGUGGACCAAACAUGUUCCAGCAUGAGUGGGUCUUUAGUACCUUAUGAAGUAGAUGGUAAUGCAAUACUCUCAACAAGUGCAGAACAGCAUAUUCAAUUCUCUGUCCGUUCAUUCUGUACUAGAGUGAGUGGUCUCCGCUAUCAAGUAUAACUUCAUGAGGCAAAAGUUUAAAAAUCCCCUUCAUAUCUUUGUAUUCGUUCAGCAAAUAAUAAUUAAAAACAUGCCUUUAAAGGGCAUGCAGAGUUAUUCUCAGGUUCCCUUCUCCUCUCUAAAACUGAAAAUGUGAUGGCCCACUUUGCUGGCAUUGCAUGGGUCAUUUUAAGCAAAGCUUUGGGAUGCCGUCCUCUGGCAAGCCAAAUAGUUUGAGAGCUUAUUGUUUGUGUAUGCAAUUUUUCCUGCCAAAUCCAUGGAGUUCUCAACUGUGCUCUUGUGUUUGCCCAGUUAUGAACUUUUUUUGGCACCCAUCUUCAGCACUCUGCUCCACACAACUGAGCUGUAUUUGUGGAUUUUCCGUGAACUGAAGAGGAUUUUCAGAGACUCGGGUGUAUUGUCUACCCUACUAUUGAUAUUUCUUCUGCCUGUUGUUUUGUAUAAUGACUUUUUCAUUAUUCUUACUACUGCUAUUUUAAUUAGUCCAAUCUUGCCACUUAAACAUCUAAAAUUAUAGAAAUUGUACAGGAUAUGGUCACAGAUGUAUUCCUAGCAAGAAAAAAAAACUUGAUUCCAAUGUAAAUAUAUUUAGUUUGACAGAGGGGGGAAACCCUAUGCUUCACAAUUCAUUUUGAAGCACUGCAUAUAGGAGAGA